UGACAAUUGAGGAGCAACACUGGCAUCUACUGGCAGGAAAAGGAACCAGAGUGACAUCACCGUGCCGUCAUUUUGUCACGUGUCUGAGUUGAAAGGUCGUGGGUAAUAUGGCAGCUUCAUUGAUUUGUAACAACACGCAAAGCAGGGUGAGCUCAGUGCUGAACAGAGAUGUCAAACAAUUUGGCAAAAAGUUUAUGUUUGAUGCCAAUGAAGAGACAUGCUGGAACUCUGACCAGGGUGGAUCUCAGUGGGUUAUUUUGGAUUUUCCACAGCCGGUGAAAGCGACCGAGCUGAGGCUCCAAUUUCAAGGAGGAUUUUCAGGGAAAUCCUGCAAACUAGAAGGUAGUGCCAAAGAUGAUGACCUCAAACAUAUUUUAGACUUUUAUCCAGAGGACGACAACAGUCUACAGAGUUUUCCCAUUCCGGAUAGUCCUUUGGUGCAGAGACUUAAAAUAGUGUUUGAAAACAGUACUGACUUUUUUGGAAGAAUAAUUGUUUACACUUUGGACAUCCUGGGGGAAAAAGUUUUGUAAUGUUCUGAGAAAAAGAGCCGAGAGGAAGUAUGAAGAGGAGGGAAUGCCAACCAGCUUUUUUCCCUUGGUGAUUGACAGACUCCGUUCACCUCUGCGCACGAAGUCCCUUCUUGGUAAUAUCAAUUGAGUUUCUUUGUAUUUGUAAUACAGAGGGUCUGGAUGUACCAAUUUUGAUCAUAUAUUUACACAGUAUGCCUUUUCAAGUCAAUACAGAUGUAAACUAUGUGUUUAUAAGAGUGUUUUUAUUAAAAAAGUAUAGAAAAUCAGA